AUGGCUUUAGAGACAUGUGGAAGCUGUUUGAGUUGUCUUCUGAUACCUCUUGCCCUUUGGAGUAUUGUUGUUAACAUCCUGUUGUUCUUCCCUAAUGGGAAAGCUUCACAUGCUGCCAGUUACCAGCUUCCCAACUACGUGUGGUAUUUUGAAGGGAUCUGUUUCUCAGGUGUCAUGAUCCUUCUGUUGGCAGUAAUUCUGAUAUCACUGGAGUGCAGCAUGUUCUACCGGUGUUGCCAGAGUGAGAGCUGUAACAAAACCUACAGGAGUUUUAUUUCAAUUGUGCUAGCCUUGCUUGGAGUUGCUUUCUCUGGAUACAGCUGCAUCAUUUUUACCUUGGGGUUGAUCCAAGGCCCCUUCUGCAAUUCAUCAAGUGGAUGGGAUUAUAUCUUCAAAGACACUGCUGGAGGGUACCUCACAGAUUAUCCUGCUUGGUCUCGCUGCACUGAGCCUGCUAACAUCGUGGAGUGGAACAUCAUUUUACUCUCUAUUCUUAUAGCUCUUAGUGGACUGCAGUUGAUCAUCUGUUUGCUGAAAGUGGCUGCUGAACUGAAACGGACACUCUGUGGAACCUAUUCUGUUUUUGUCCAGAGGAUAUCUACUGGUAAUAAAGCCAUUGUGAAAUACAAGGAUUUGGUGACUGCUCAUUCUGACCCUUAA